UCGCGUACUUUUUUGAGGCCCAGAAUCUAACCGCAAUGAAACUCGGAUCGGGUGUGCUGCCGUUAGCCGGUCUAGUGUCGGUAGCUUUAUUUCUGAUUAUUUGCUUCGCUGGCACUACAACAGGACAACUGAUCCUCUGCGACGAUCCUAACGAGACGUACGACGAUUGUGGUCCAUUCUGUGGAGAUCGAACCUGCUCAAACAUGCGCAGGAAUGACGUCAAGUGCGUACGAUCAUGCAUCGACGGCUGCUUCUGCAAAGGUGGCUACGUGCGGAACAAAGCGAAUCGAUGCAUUCCAGCCUACAUGUGUUCGGUAUCGGGAUAA